AUGGCGGCUGCGACGCGCAGCUGCCGGCCCUGGGGCUCGCUCCUCGGGCUGAUCUGGCUAGUCUCGGCCGCGUUCGCCUCCUGGGAUCUGACUUCGCUGCGCUGCAACUUCGGCUCAUUCUGCGAAUGUGACUUCCGGCCCGACUUGCAGGGUCUGGAGUGUGACCUGGCCCAGCACCUGGCGGGCCAGCACUUGGCCAGGUCGCUGGUGGUGAAGGCACUGAAGGCUUUCCUGCAGGAUCCAGCCCCCACCAAGCCGCUGGUCCUCUCUCUGCAUGGCUGGACCGGCACUGGCAAGUCCUAUGUCAGCUCCCUGCUGGCACACUACCUCUUCCGGGAUGGCCUCCGUAGCCCCCAUGUGCACCACUUUUCCCCAGUCAUCCACUUCCCCCACCCCAGCCACAUGGAGCGCUACAAGAAGGAUCUUAAGAGCUGGGUGCAGGGGAACCUCACUGUCUGCAGCCGCUCCCUCUUUCUCUUCGAUGAGAUGGACAAGCUGGCCCCAGGCCUGAUAGAAGUCCUGCGACCUUUCCUGGGCUCCUCCUGGGUUGUCUAUGGGACCAACUAUCGCAAAGCCAUCUUCAUCUUCAUCAGUAACACCGGUGGCGAGCAGAUCAACCAGGUGGUGCUGGAGGCAUGGCGCAGCCGCCGGGAACGUGAAGAGAUCGGCCUGCAGGAGCUGGGGCCGGUCAUCUCCCAGGCUGUGCUGGACAACCCACACCAUGGCUUCUGGCACUCGGGCAUCAUGGAAGAGCAUCUCCUGGACGUCCUGGUGCCCUUCCUGCCACUCCAGCGGCACCAUGUGCGGCACUGUGUGCUCAACGAGCUGGCCCAGCUGGGCCUGGAGCCCAGGGAUGAGGUGGUCCAGGCCGUGCUGGACAGCACCACCUUCUUCCCUGAGGACGAGCAGCUCUUUUCCUCCAAUGGCUGCAAGACGGUGGCUUCCCGAAUUGCCUUCUUCCUCUGACUCUCCCAGGGGGCAUCCCUGUCCUCCUCUACCUGGCCAGGCCGUGAAGGAAAGCCCUGGACCCUCUGCCGGAGGGUCUCUAGUCCUGCAGAGUGGGACCCAGAGCAUACUGUGAAGAUGAGGAGGGCUGUUGGCUGGGCCAUGAGACAGAAGGCCGGGGCAGGCCCUGGCUCUUCACUGGUCUGAGGGCAACUUGGCCUUUGCCUCCUUCCUCAGGGAAAUCACCGGUCACCCCAGAAUUUCAAGGAGCCUUGACUGCAGCCUGAGCCUUCUUAAAGUGUGAAUUGUAACUCAGGGACAGUGGCUCGUGGCUGCUCCCUCCUUUCUCGCUCUGUUCCUCUGGCCCUUGCCCCAGUACCAUAACCCCACGCCCCACACUGCCCCCCCAACCCCUCCGUGUCCCCAUAUGGUAAAACCAGGCUGAGACUUCUGUCUCCGUGAACAGAGGGACUCAAGUUCACACUG